UCGACGUUACUCCAGAUUAGUUUUAUUUUCAGCGGCCACCGCCUACAUCACACCUACCAUAGUCUAGCUAGACUCUGACUUGAGGUGUUUGUGUGUGAGAGUCAUGGAGGCCGCCGGCGCCGGGGAAGCCGUGGCCAUGACAGCAGCAGCCACGGGUGCUUUGGGUCCUGUCAUCGAGAAGCUCGGCGAUUUGCUUCGCAAUGAGCACAUGGCUGCUCUGGAGGGAAGCCGCGGAGACAUUGAGUUCAUCAAAUCUGAACUCGAGCCGCUGCGCUCCCUCCUCCUGAGGAUAUGGGAUAAGGAGGAUCGUCUUGACGCGGCGUGCAAGGAGUGGAUGGCGGAGGCGAGGAUGCUGUCCUACGACAUGGAGGACGCCAUCGACGGCUUCAGGUUCAUGCUUGCUGUGGAGGCUGCUGCUGCGACGAGCCCUUUCGAGGGAAUGAGAAAUCAGGUGCAGGAGCUGGUAAACCGUUGCUGCGAGAAGCAGUGGAUUACAGAGGCCAUCAUCGACGCAGACGCCCCUGCGGCUUUGUCCUCGUCUCCUUCCCUGCCCCGCAAGAAUGCGUCGGAGCUCGUGGAGGUGGACGAGAAGAAAGCGGAGCUCAUCAAGUUGCUCAAGCACAAAGAGAGAGUGUGCAUACAUGGCUCUGCUGGGAUGGGCAAGACCACUCUUGCUGGCCUCGCGUACCAAGCAGUGAGCGAGCAAUUCGACUGCCGCACCUUCGUGUCGGUCUGUCCGAGCCAAAGCAUGAUGCACGUUCUGACUAGCAUUACCAGUGAAGUCAUUGCGUCUGCUAUCAUCAAAGCAAUCAGCGACAAACAGAGAGAAUUAACAGUGAAUAAUAAUACUGCACCAACAACUCAAGGCACCGGUGAAGCCGACGAACAAUGUCUCAUCGACAGCAUACUGGAGCUCCUAACGUACAGGAGACAAGUAACAGACAGCAGCGCACCAGUUGCGGGCACCGGUAUAGCAGACGGCGCCAAAACUGACGGUUCAGCUCUUCCUACCACCGACACUGCAACUCUCGCUAGCACCGGUAUAGCUGACACAAAAACUGACGGCUCAUCUGUCGCUCUUGCUGGCACUGGUGGUAUAGGCGACGCAAAGACUGAAAGCGCACCUCAUGCUGCGACUGGUGCAGACAACACAAAGAAAGCUCUCAUCGACAGGAUAUCAACGAGAUUCGUCACCAACAAAAGGAAACUAAAUGCCAGUGCACAGCUUGCUGGUGCCGGUGUUGACGACGACAAACAAUAUCUCGUCAACAUCGUAUUGAAAUUGCUAGGAGAAAAAAGAAAAGUAACCGACUGUGCACCGGUUGCUGGGACGACCGAUGUAGAGGAUGAUGAACAAUAUCUCGUCGAUAUCUUGUCACAAUUCCUUGCUGACCAAAGGUAUCUUGUCAUUGUGGAUGACAUUUGGCAUUGCCAACAAUGGGAAGUCAUAAGGAAGUCUCUUGUAAAGAAUGACCGGGGCAGUAGAAUUAUCAUGACAACUCGUGUUAAUUCAGUAGUUGAAAAAUGUUGCAAGGACGACCAUGCUGUUGUUUGUGAAGUAACGGCGCUUUCUAUGGAUGCUGCAGUAGCUUUAUCGGAAAAGAUAUUCAAUGUCCACACUGCUCCAUCAGACAAGAAGAGCUGUUCUUCUAUAGCUAAACUGUCUGGUCGUAUGCCGUUAGCAAUAAUCUGCAUAUCGGCCGCAGUGGCACAGCUGCUAUCACCGCCAUCUGCAACAAAUCGGUUUGAUGUGGCCUUGUGCCAAGCAUUAAAAGGAUUUGCAGAAAUUCCCUGCAUGAAACCGUUGGUUGAGAGUCUAGUCCUUGGCUACCACUGCCUUCCCCCGCAUCUCAAGACUUGCUUGCUGGAAUGCAGCAUAUAUACCCCAAACCAAAGAUUCGAAAGGGAUGAUCUGAUCAGGAUUUGGAUGGACGAAGGGUUUGCUGACGAGGAACAAGCUCCUGGUUACUUUGAGGAGCUUGUCAAAUGGGGGUAUAUUUCGAUUUCCCCGGCUGAAGGCAGACGCCAUAGCCGGGUUGCCGAAUAUGAAAUCAGCGCCGUGGUACUAGCCUUCCUCAGAUUCCAGGCAGAAGAACAUGGCUUUGUUGCUUCCGCGGGGUAUUUCUCCAACAUAGAGUCCCUGUGUGGUCGACGACACAGUAGGAUAUCUGUCCAGGGAGGCCUGGGUUCAUGGGUUGUUUCAAGAUUGGAUUUCUCAUGCAUGCGCACGCUCGUGGUUUUUGGACGAGCAAGUUUAAUACCAUUCGAUCGUUUGAGCCACCUGCGAGUGCUGCAUCUAGACGAGGAGGACACGAGCUUGGAGGGUGCAGCAGAUCUAUACAAUUUCCCGGAUUUGGGCGACGAUGAUCUGGUGGAUAUAUGUGAACUGCUUUUGCUGAGGUACGUGAAACUAAAGGGCUGCAAAAUCACCAUGCUGCCUCCACAAAUUGGACAACUGAAGCUUCUGGAGACUCUGGACGUGAGAGGUACAGGUGUCAGGGAGCUACCAAGGGAGAUCGGGGAGCUGCAGCGACUCAAGACUCUGAAUGUAAGUAACACGGCGGUGACACAAGUACCAAAGGAAAUCGGGAAGCUGCACAUGCUCAAGACUCUGGACGUAAGCGACACAAACGUGCGUGAACUCCCCGCGGAAAUAAGAGAACUAGAAAACCUGGAGACGCUUGACGUGAGCAACACCAUGGUUGCAAAGUUACCCAGGGAAAUCAGAGCCCUGCAGCUGUUGAAGACACUGCACGUAAGUGGCAUAGAUGUCACGGAAACAGAGCUAGCUGAGGAAAUCGGACAGCUGCAGCAUCUGGAGACACUUGAUGUCAGUAACACAAAGGUUGCGAAGCUACCCAUGGAAAUUUGGAACCUGCAGCAGCUCAAGACUCUGAAUAUUAGCAACACCAAUGUUAGAGAGCUACCUUGGGAAGCUGGCCAGCGUUCCAACUCCAUCAGUGUGGUUGCCGGCAACAAGGAUUCCCCUAAAGUGGUGAACUUGCUUGAGGGCGCAGUGGACAAUUAUGGUCAUAUUUGUUCGCGGGAGAACAUAUCCAUUACCCUCUUUGAUCGUUUCGGCUCCAGCUGGGAACCUAUACCUGUGGCGAGAUUUAAGAUUCCCGGCAAACAUAUCAGUCUCCCGGAUUGGCUCAAUAAAGAAACUCUCAGCGACAUUUCAUCCUUAGAAAUCAAUCUCUGGAAACUGAGGGAGGAUGACCUCAAGAUUCUUCAGGAGAUGCCCAAGCUUCAGGUUCUUGCACUACGGGUCGAAGUUCUCCCCAGAACAGCCAUCACUGGCGCAGGGUUCUCAAGGCUGGAGAGCUUCUGUGUUGAUUGCCGUGUGCCACGACUGAGCUUCCAGAGUGAAGCCAUGCCGGUGUUGAAACAUCUUCAGUUCAAGUUCUAUGCUUUCCGGGCAACCAAACAAGAGCCUAUGGGCAUCGUGCACCUCUCGAGUCUCCGAAGUGUCGAUUUCAGGUGUGCCUCCGGGUACACAACGGAUGCUCCGGGCAUCCGUGAGAUUAUCAAUCAGGUGAGGAAAGAAGCCAAGGAGCACCGCAACCGUAUCACCCUUUGCAUCAACACGAAAGAGAUCGUCCAUGACAUUGUGGCUGGUAGCACUGGUACAGCUGGUAGCAGUGCGGUAAGUGUGACUGAUAAGAAACCUGAGCCUACCGGUAAUGAGGACAUUAUUGACAAUGGAAACAAUAUUUCGGUCAGAAGUAGUGGCCUACCUGAAUGGAUUUACUUUCAGUGAUCCAUGGUGGCGAUCCUUAUCCUAGCUUUGUACGGCCGUCAUCGUCUUUUUGAGAAAAUCGGGUUGCGUCAUCGUGCUUAAUUUAAUCAGAAGACAGCUUGAAGUGUUUCAUCCAUCCCGAAGAAGUUUGGUUUUCCCUCCUAAAGUCACCUGACGCGCGCCUUAGCAGAGUGGUGAGUGGGGACUGACCUUGUGGAGACGCGAGGCACUCUGGCAGCCGGCCGGUGAGGGCAGCAAGAUUUCGCUCACUCUUUGCGGUCGAAGACACGUCUGUUAGGAAUAAUCCUUGUGUGCUGAUUAGUAGUAGCUAUAAAUGGUUAGUUGCUGAUUUUGUGGGUGGAUGUGUCGGUCUGAUUGGAGGCUACGUUUACUUUCCUUUUAUUAGGAUUUAUUUCCCUGUAAUAGCUUACUUAAGCGAUAAAAUAGAGUCUGGAAAAGCUGCCAAGUUUUGCAGCACCAAAA